AUGGUUAAAGACACCAAGUAUUAUGAAAUCCUCGGCGUGGAAGUUACCUGCACCGAGGCUCAACUAAAGACGGCUUACAAAAAAGGCGCUCUCAAACAUCAUCCCGAUAAAAAUGCACACAAUCCCGAUGCCGCCGAGAAAUUCAAGGACCUGUCCAAGGCCUACGAAGUUCUGUCAGACCCCCAAAAAAGACAAUUGUAUGACCAGUAUGGUGAGGAGGGUCUAGAACAGGGUGGAAUGGGCGGCGGUGGCAUGGCUGCCGAAGAUCUCUUCGCUCAAUUCUUUGGCGGCGGUUCUGGCUUUGGAGGCAUGUUCGGUGGCGGCAUGCGUGAACAAGGUCCUAAGAAGGCCCGACCCAUCCACCACGUCCAUAAGGUCUCUCUCGAAGACAUCUACCGCGGAAAAGUCUCCAAGCUCGCUCUACAAAAAUCCGUCAUCUGUGCUACCUGCGAAGGCCGCGGAGGCAAGGAAGGUGCGGUCAAGACCUGUGCUGGUUGCAACGGUGCCGGCAUGAAAACCAUGAUGCGUCAAAUGGGACCCAUGAUUCAACGUUUCCAGACCAUCUGCCCUGACUGCCAGGGUGAGGGUGAACAAAUCCGUGAUCGAGACAAGUGCAAGCGAUGUGCAGGCAAAAAGACCAUCGUUGAGCGUAAGGUUCUUCAUGUCCAUGUGGACCGUGGUGUCAAGAGCGGGCACAAGAUUGAAUUCCGUGGUGAGGGUGAUCAAGUGCCCGGUGUGCUUGCCGGUGAUGUUGUAUUCGAGAUCGAGCAGAAGCCGCAUCCACGAUUUCAACGCAAGGACGACGAUUUAUUCUACCAUGCCGAGAUCGACCUUUUGACUGCGUUGGCUGGUGGACAAAUCUAUAUUGAGCAUCUCGAUGAACGAUGGUUGACCGUAAACAUUUUCCCUGGCGAACCCAUCACCCCUGGUGCCAUCAAAGUUAUCAAGGGACAGGGCAUGCCAUCUUUCCGACAUCACGACUUUGGCAAUCUUUACAUCCAAUUCGAUGUCAAAUUCCCCGACAAGACACAGAUCCAAAAUGUUGAACUUCUAGAGCAAGUUCUCCCACCUCGAAUGCAACAAAAGCUACCCCCUCAGGACGGAAUGGUGGACGACUUUGAUUUGGAAGAUGUUGAUCCUCGUCACCAAGCACGUGCCCGUGGCGCCACCGGAAUGGACGAGGAAGAUGAGGAUGGCAUGCCUGCGGGUGCUGAGAGAGUGCAAUGCGCCUCACAGUAA